AUGGGCACACAGACAGGACGAUUCAACAGAGGCACGCAGGUCGGGGGAGUCAAGACCGUUCAAGAUGAUGCAUGGGUCGAUCAAAUAUACCAGCAGCAGCAACGAAACGCAACAGAGGUUAGGGAGCAACAACAGCGUGCAGCUGCGGCUCGAAACAGAGUACAGCAACAUAUCAACCGGCAGCUGUAUGGGGGUCUGCUCGAUGAGGGUGAUUCAGACGAAGAUGACUCCCUUGCUGGCCUCGACCGACCGAGAGGCGAGCAGCACGGCCUGGCAAGGAGUGGGGGGCAAGUCGCACCGAGGAGGGCGUUUGUCGGAAGCGGUCAAGGUACGAGGCGGGAGGGGCUCUCUGCAGAGCUCCGGCAGAUGGCCGUGCAAGCUAAAGAACAGAGAGAACGAAACCGAAAGGGAAAGACACGUGCUCAAAACAAUGCUGGGCCGUCCACCCACCCUCAAACCCCACAGGAGGAUGUUGUAGAUGAUAUGGAUGUCAAUCACGACAAUCCAGUCGAUGACAUAAAUGCUUCUCAAGGUAGCGAGAGGCCAAGAGUGCCCGCGACGCGCUCGGGGGUACACGGAGAAGCACUAGGUCCUCGCAAGACCAUCUUUAAAAAGCCCCACACGCUUGGCCCACGAAGAAGCGGGAGGACAAGAACGCCAGUGGUUCGCUUCACAAACAGCAACUAUGCACCGCGGGGUGGCCGAUCGGCACACAACAGAAGGAUGUACAGUAACCCCCCCAGGGAUCCUGAGGCACGUGCACACGUCAACGCAGCCCUUGAUGCAGUGGUGAACGGUCGAGAUGCAGCAAUCGCAAACGCUCACAUUGAGGAGGCUGUCAACCACCUGCAAGUUGAUGCCCCGGAUGCUCCCGAAAUAGCAGCCGGUGUGAUCGAGGCAAACCGUGCAAUCAAUGCUCAAAACGCGGCAGAUGCCACUCAGCAUGUAGAAAAUGCUCGAAACCAUCUUCAGGCGGCGGAGAAAAGACAAAGGGAACGGAACCGAAAGGGCAAGGCAGUUGCACAGAACAAUGCUGGGCCUUCCCACCACGGCCCAAAUCACGCAGCAAAUGUCAAUCGCGUGAGGCAAGAGAAGAAUGCCAAAAAGCGGGAGCUCGAAUCCAUCAUUGCUUCCAGUGCUAAACAAAGCUGCGAGGAGCUCCUGAAAAACAUCCGCAAGCCUACGGAGGCUGAGACUCUGAAAGCUUUUCGUAAGUGGUCUCUAAAGUUCCAUCCUGACAAGACAGCAAUGUACGGCGUCGACUCCAAAGACUACUUCCAGCGCGUCAGUGAGUGCUUCAAGAUGAAAUCCCAAGACCAGCUGAACGCGGAAGUCCGUGCAGCCCAAGCAGCGGCGGACACGGAGGCAGAAAGGGAUGCAACAUCAUUCUACGGUGCUCAAAGCUCGACGUCCAGGCCCACGGGACCAGAAUUUCGACACCACUCACGCCCCCCGCGCCCUAGUCCCUACGCGCGACCUCAGAGAGACACGCGGCACAACAACCUGAGAAGGCGACAGGAAGCCCGUGCCGCCGAAGAAAGGAUGAGAGAAGCAGAGAGAUCCGCUCGUGCCUUCUACGGUCCAAAACCCAGGCGCAAGCGCUUUCACGUAACGAGCGCGCCCUACCCCUUGUCCAGAAGACAGCAAAAACGUGACAGGGACGCAUCUCGACGCCAACGGGUCAGAAGCUAUCUCGAGAGGGUUGAAUCUUCCAACUCGAGUGACGAAGAUGCUGCCUUGAAUGUGGAUGAAGAAAGGAGUGCCCGCACAUUCUACGGUCCAAAACCCAGGCGCAAGCGCGUUCACGUGACGAGCGCGCCCUACCCCUUGUCCAGAAGACAACAGAAACGCGACAGGGACGCAUCUCGACGCCAAAGGGUCCGCAGCUAUAUGGAGAGACCCAAUCACACAGCAACAGCUGGAAGGACGAGAGUGCCAAAGCGUAAAGCGGGGAAUCCUGCUUCUCCAGAUUUCUCGAACGUCCGUCUGCCCAGCACCAAAAGACCUCGAAAUGGCCUUGGCCUCGGCUUUGGCCUCGCUUUGGGGGUCACGCAGCAAACGCCCCGAGCGUCCCACGAAGAAGUGGAAGGACAAGAAGGCCGGUGGUUCGGUACGCAAGCGGCGUUUAUCCGUCCCGGGGUGGCCGCUCGGCACAAAACAUGA